AACAAACUGACAAUGCUACUUAUGCAGCUGACUGUACCUACUUUAGGAGUUUGAAAGAUCCUCUCCUGAGAACAUGGACUAGAAAGUGUAACAAACCAAACGUGCAUAUCCUCCAGAUUCAAUUAACUGUUGGUUAAUAUGUUUAGCGCUUGCGCAACCGGGGAGUUGUAUCGUUCACCUGGCCGCUUUGUGCUAGAACCACUAAUUAUAGCUUUAACACUGACAAAUGCUGGGCUGCAUUAAAUUUGGUACGCCGUGUGUAGAUAAUACAGGUUUUAAGCCCAAUACACGGAGUUCUUGGACAUUUUACAUAAAGAUUUGAAAGCAGUUUUGGGAUUAAAACGGUUAUAUUAGCUUUUUGCAAGAAGGCACUUAAAACAAAUAUUGAGAUUGCUGUUUCUUUCUGUUUGUAUUUAUUAAGUACUAUGGUGCUGCUACUGUUGAGGAUUUGGUCACAAUCUCUCUGUUUGGUAGGGGUGGUCGCAUUGUUUCACACCAUUGAGACUACACAUAAGUUUGCCUCGUAACUAGCGAUCUCUUCGCUCAUAAUAUGUUACAGUAACAAGAAUCGAACUCGCCCAUUCUCACUAUUGUACUACGGCGGCGUAUUUCUUUCAGUCUUAAUGACCAGGAGUUGCUCUAGCUUGACAAAAACAUGCUGUCAUGCAACCGGUAGGUACGUUUAUAGCAACGAGAUAGAGUCGCGGUUAGUUUCUCGUAAGGUGGAGUGAGGAGGCUGCGCCCGCGCCGUAUAUGGCGUCGUCAGUAAUCGCCUUAGUUCGCCGAUAUCUGUAUCAAUGACAUCGCAUUGUCGCUAACGAUGCCUUUGCUGAGGAAACGGGCGGUUCACCAGUGGUGAUCGGUGCCUGGGCAUCAAUAAAUUUAUAAAAUCCUUGACUAAAAAGAUGUGAUGAAAAGUGUAGAUACUUUAAAAUCGAUUUAACCAUAAAAUAAUUACUUAAGGAGUUUUUAUGUACUUAUUUAUUUUUUAUAAACACUUUUUGUUCAUAUCGAAGAUUACUACAUUAAAAACAGUGAUUUACAAAGUUCAAAAACAAUAUUUAGAUAAAAAAUCAGUUUUCGUCAUACAACAUGAUUUUGGUUGUCCAAAAACAUGUCGGGAGCAACCACGGAGCAACUCAGAGCCUGUCCAGACGGAGCGUUUUGCGCGCGUAAGCUUACGCGCGUAGACACUCGCGCGUUCCCGAGGCACUAGAGCUACAAGCACUCCGUCCAGAUGCUCUCGCGCGUUUCAAAACUCGCGCGUAAAACGCGUGUCAUGCGCCCGACUCUCGACUCGCUCGUUUUACGCGCGAGCGCCGCGCGAGUCGAGAUACUCUGGCGGCAUUGGAGCGUUCAGUAGUAUGCGCGUGUCCAUAGAGAGUGGACGUAUUUAGAUUUGAAAUGGAGCGCGAUAACUUCGACACCGAACUUUUAAUUGAAGAAGUUGAAAAGAGAAUAGCCAUAUGGGAUAUGGAAUCUGCUGAUUACGCAAAUAGACUCAUUAAACGUAGGAAUUGGGAAGAAAUAGUCGAAAUUUUUUGCGAAGCUGGUGAUUCCGACGAAAAGAAAAAAACGUUGGGAAUGUUAUUGCAAAAGAAGUGGAAAGGAUUGCGUGAUGGCUUUGUCAGAGAAAUGAAAAGGAUAAAAACCACACCGUCUGGAUCAAAAGCCAGCAAAAAUAAAUAUAUAUAUUUUGAACGUUUGAUGUUCCUCGAACGAUCGACACGCAAUAAAACUACUGAUAGCAACAUCGUUUCCUCGCCUGCUGCACCUGAAGAACAAGACAUUUCUGGCGACGGGGAAGAUGUUAUGAGACCUCCAGUUAGCCAGCCGAAAAAGAAAAAAAAAAUGAACGCAGCCGAUGAGGAAUUUCUUGCCAUUAUAAGCAAAAAUUUAGCACCUAGAAAUCAGCCACAAACAUCGGAGUCUGAUGAUGAUAAACUAUUUUGUUUGUCACUGCAUAAGGAGCUUAUUAAAGUACCUGAAGAAAUGAGGCUUCAAGCUAAAAUUGAUUUAAUGAAUGUGCUCCAAAAAGCUCAACGAGCCCCAUGUCAUUCACCUUCACAUUAUAUUCCUUCACCUGCACCUUCACCACAAUAUAAUCACCAAGCAGGAAUGACACACCGCGGACAAAGAGGAUUUUUUAACGAUACAGGAUAUAACGAAACAGACCCUUCAGCAUCUUCGUUUUCACGUUAUUGCACUGGACAACGCAAUUCCCAAUCUAACCCAUCACCGGCGUCUAACUACAAUAACCCAUCACCGGCGUCUAACUACAAUAACCCAUCACCGGCGUCUAACUACAAUAACCCAUCACCGGCGUCUAACUACAAUAACCCAUCACCGGCGUCUACUCAAGAUUCCCAAGAGAGUGAAUUGAUGGAGCUAUACCGAGAUUGUUAAAUUGAUUAAGGGAAAAAAGUAUAAAAAUAAUAAAUAUUAUUACCUCAAA